AUGAUCAUGUCGUCGCCCCAAAUGCGCACGCCAUUCCAGGCCGCGCGCCCAAGCCAGGCGGCCGGGCGAGAUUCGAAGAAGCGGCUGCUCGACGAAUCUCCAAAGCGCACAGCGCUGUCAAUGCUGUCAGUGCCCGUGGCGCCAGUAGCGCCGCAACGAAAACCAAUGCUUGGCGCACCGCCCGUGCUAGCGGCCCGGUCCAAGUCGCUGAUUGACUUUCGGCCGCCGCAUGCCGCGCCUCUCGGCACGCUCUCGCCGCCUCGCCCGGCCAAGCUCCGGCGCGCCACGUCACUGCUCGCCGCCGCCGAAGCAGCGCCCGACCGCUUCAUCCCCAGUCACCGCAAUUCUUCGCGCGGCAAAUUGGCAUCGAGCGCAGCACCUCCACAUCCCAAUGCACUGCCGCAGACACACAUCCAGGCGCAAACAUCGAAAAUAUACCAGCGGCACGUGGCUGCCGCAUGCGGGCUCGAUGUGACGCUGCGCAUCUUGAGUUUCUGUCCGCCGCCGCCCGAGCGCAGCACGCCGCUCCGGCUUUUCUCCGACCACAGUCUCCGCCCCGCGGCAGCGUCGGCGCGCGCCAAAAAGAUUCCUACCGCGCCCGACCGCGUGCUCGACGCCCCCAAUAUUGUCGACGACUUCUACCUCAACCUUGUAGCAUGGUCUGCCACCAACCUUAUUGCCGUGGGUCUUGCUGACGCCGUGUACGUAUGGAACGCCUCCACUGGCGCCGUGGGUCUUUUGUGCGAACUCGAAGGAUCCACCGUGACAUCUUUGCGGUGGCUGGACGACGGGUCGUACAUUUCUGUCGGGCGAGACGACGGCGGCGUGGAAAUCUGGGACAUCGAGACCAACGCGCGGCUCCGGACCCUCGCAGUGGGCGCGGGCGCGCGUGUGGCCGCCCAGGCGUGGCUGCUGCACAUGCUCACGACGGGCGCCAAAGACGGCCGCAUCAGCAACAGCGACGUGCGCGUGGCGCGCCAUUUGGUGGGCGUGCGCCAUGCGCACGCGGCCGAGGUGUGCGGCCUCGAGUACCGCUCGGACGGGCACGUUUUCGCCAGCGGCGGCAACGACAACGUGGUGGCCAUUUGGGACGCGCGAAGCACCAACUCGACUACGGGCGCAACAUGCUCUGGCAGCGGCUGCGGAUGCUCUGGAAGCGUGGGUAAUGGGUCGGGCAUUGGGUGCGGCGCGCUCUUCCGCAAAAACACCCACCGCGCCGCGGUGAAGGCGUUGGCGUGGUGUCCCGUGCAGCGGCUGUUGCUUGCGUCGGGCGGAGGGUCGAGCGACCGCACCAUCCACUUUUGGAACGCCUCCAGCGGCGCGCGCGUCAAUCUGAUCGAGACCGGCGCGCAGAUUUCUUCGCUCCAUUGGGGCCACGCCAAAGGCACAGGGCUCGAAGUGGUGGCCACCCACGGGUUCCCUCUGAACCUGGUUUCGCUUUUCAACUACCCCACGCUCCAAAAAACCGGCGACAUUGCCGCGGCACACGACCUGCGUAUUCUCAGCGGGUGUCUCAGUCCUGAUGGCACUACGUUGGCGACCGUCGCGGGCGACGAGAACUUGAAGUUCUGGGCACUUUUCGACGCGCGCCCCGAGGAACGACCAGACGCUAAACACAUGGCCAAGCUCAUGAAUAUCCGGUGA